AUGUCCUAUACCAGUACUGACUCGGACUCACACCCAUCUGGCUUGGCCGACGCUGAAGCUCUCCUCAUAAUUGCUAGAUUUGAGGAGUUGUGUGAAGGCGACACUACGACAUCCAGCACUCCACAUAGCCAUGACUUUGAGCCGUGCCUCGGUGGCCAAGCGCAUGGCCAAGGCGCCCCUGUAUACAGCUGCGGGUGCUACCGUCGCACGAAAGUUGAACCUGCACUUGCACUCGCAGAUGCACUCGCAGAUGUAUCCGAACACCAGGGACUUGAAAAGGAUGUCGAUAGUUCGAACACACAAGUUGGAGGCCGUAGCGGUGACUCGGAAAUUUGGCCCCUGAAGCGCAAGAGGUCAAAGACAGCCUCUGAGUCUGACCCCACGUUGUUAAUGGCUAUAUUGAAUGUAGCACCAGCACUUGAAGUGCCAAAGUGUAGGAAGCUGGGAAAGGCCUUUAAAUUGAAUAGAAGCAUGACUCAUGAAACCUCAGUACUUAAUGUUGCGAAACGCCUCGAAGCUGCCAUUGACAGGCAAACAGAGGUGCUGUCCAAGAUUUAUCGCGUUCUGGAGGGCAGUGCCAAGUAA